AGCCGAGGCCAGGGGCGCAUGCUGACCCUGAGGGAUGGGGAGCCUGCCCAGCCGGGAGAAGCCGCUCAGUAUCCCACCACCAGUUGCUGACAUGGUGCAGCCCCCACCACCCAUGCAGGCAGACCCCAGCGGCUUCCUGGCUGUGGCCCUCUGCGACUUCCCUGCCAGCGCAGGGGCAGCCACCGUCCUGAGGAUGGGAGAGCAGCUCCGUGUCCUCUCUGAGGAUGGAGAGUGGUGGCUGGUGGCAUCCGAGGUGUCCAGAAAAAAGUGCCACGUCCCCAGCAGCUGUGUGGCCAAGAUCAGGCACAGGUGGCUGUAUGAGGGUGUCAGCCGGCAGAAGGCAGAGGAGCUGCUGCUCCGGCCAGGCAACCGCAGCGGGUCCUUCCUGAUACGGGAGAGCCAGACCAGGCAAGGCUGCUACUCACUGUCAGUGCGCCGCAGCGAGCGUGCCUCCUGGGACUCGGUGACACACUACCACAUCUACCGCCUGGAGAACGGCUGGCUCUACAUCUCACCCCGGCUCACUUUCCCCAGCCUACACGACCUGGUGGACCACUACUCUGAGUUUGGAGAGGGGCUGUGCUGCCUCCUCAGGGAGCCCUGCUCCAUGGAAGGGGCAAGGGUGGCCCCAAUCUCCACCCUGCCCACUGUCAUGAAGCCAUCGCUCAACUGGGACAAGAUUGACAGCUCCCUCCUGCUCUCAGAGGCCACAUCCCCACCAGAGGAGGACUCUCCCAUCAGCCUGGGCCUGAGGGAAGCCAUCAGCUCCUACCUUCUCCUGACAGACAGAGCCACACCCAAGCAGAGCCCUGCAGGGAAGGGGGCAAAGAACAGCUGAGGGCAGGGCCCCACUUGGCCACAGCCCCAUGGCAGACACCCAGCCCUCAUUAUAUCACUCACCUGGUUUCAGCCACAAUCACUGUUGAUGCCCUGGGAGCCAGGCACCUAGGGGCAUUGGCCUGGACAUGGGACAGCUGAGACAAAGGUGGGGAGGGGCAGGCACCAACACUGGAGGAAAGGGCUGCCCAAGGGCCCAUCCCCCCCAAAGCUGGGUGCUUUAGGACAU